AUGAAAGCUGGGUUGAGACUGUUGCUGCUGGUUUCAGCAGCAGCUGUUUGUGUUUCAAAUGCUCAAACCGACAACAGCAGCGACAAUGACAAGCAGCAGCAGCGCAGCAUCUGGGAUGAACCCAUCAGAUUCAGUACCAAGACCAAAGACUCCUGCAGCAUGGUGGUGUCUGCACCAGGGAACUACACCCGCCUUCGUGUCUCCUGCAAGGGCCAAACCCCAGGACGCUCUUACUACUGCGACUUCCAGGGCAAACCCACCCUGUGCCGGGCCUACAACCAGAACCCUCGCCACUACUUCACGCAGAUGAUGUGGGAGUUGAGGAAACUGAGCCACGCCUGCCAGGGAACUAAAAUCUACCGCCCGCACAUGUGCAAGAAAUACCCAGAUGAGACUCAGAUGACCUUGCUGGCCUCCUGGCCCAAAACAGCCAACUUGAAGCCAUCCAAGCCCGCUCAGGAACCACGUAAACCAGCACUGCCAGCUCAGACCAAGCCUGUUACUUCUCCUAAACCUGUGAAGCCCAAUAAGCAGCCAGGCAAGGGACGUCAGAGCAGGAAGACUACUCCUAAGCCCGAGAAAACCAGUGAUCACCCGACGGAGCUGCCUGAGUCCACAGCUUCCCGUCUCGCGUCCGAUUACUGCUGGAAGAGCUUCCAAGGCAUCUGCACCUACGUCAUCAACUGGUUCCAAAACUGA